CCCUCCACGUUUCUCCGCCAGUAGAUCCUUCGACACUGCCCAUCCUCAGACAACAUCUACUUUAUUUAACUUUUCGGAGCAGACUAUGCUUGUCUACGGGCUGCUAUAGCAGUCCAUUAAUCCCCACCGGGCUUCCGCUCCGGAUGGAGAUGGGGCCAAACUGGCACUCCAGUUGCGCAACGGACAACCGCCGACCCGGAACAAAGGAUGCGGACGAGGAGAUACGGUGCCUGAUUGCAUGGCUGGCUUCAUCUACUAUCGUGACAGUGCUGUUUGGGUGAAUGUUGUUGUCUGACUUACCCCGCUCCUUGCUUUUUCCCCCCUGAGGCCCCUGAUGGGGAAUCGCGGUGGGUAAUAUGAUAUGGGUAUAAAAGGGGGGUCGGAGGAGCGGUUGGAUAGAGGCAGUGUGUGUAUUGCAGCAGCCCGUUAGUCGCAAGGUUUUGGUCGCCUCGAUUGUUUGUAUACUGCAAGAUGUUCUCUGGACGGUUUGGAGUGCUUUUGACGGCGCUCGCUGCGCUGGGUGUUGCCGCGCCGGCACCGCUUGAUGUGCGGAGUGUCUCAACUUCCACGUUGGAUGAGUUGCAAUUGUUCGCACAAUGGUCUGCCGCAGCUUAUUGCUCGAAUAAUAUCGACUCGGAUGACUCCAACUUGACAUGCACGGCCAACGCCUGUCCAUCAGUCGAGGAGGCCAGUACCAAGAUGCUGCUGGAGUUCGACCUGACGAACGACUUUGGAGGCACAGCCGGUUUCCUAGCCGCGGACAACACCAACAAGCGGCUCGUGGUCGCCUUCCGGGGAAGCAGCACGAUUGAGAAUUGGGUCGCUAAUCUUGACUUCAUCCUGGAAGAUAACGACGACCUCUGCACCGGCUGCAAGGUCCAUACUGGUUUCUGGAAGGCAUGGGAAUCCGCUGCCGACGAUCUGACGAGCAAGAUCAAGUCCGCGAUGAGCACGUAUUCGGGCUAUACCCUAUACUUCACCGGACACAGUUUGGGCGGCGCAUUGGCCACGCUGGGAGCGACAGUUUUGCGAAAUGACGGGUAUAGCGUUGAGCUGUACACCUAUGGAUGUCCUCGAAUCGGAAACUAUGCGCUGGCCGAGUACAUCACCAGUCAAGGAUCUGGAGCGAACUUCCGUGUUACACACUUGAAUGACAUCGUCCCCCGGUUGCCACCCAUGGACUUUGGAUUCAGCCAGCCAAGUCCGGAAUACUGGAUCACCAGUGGCACUGGAGCCAGUGUCACGGCGUCAGAUAUUGAAGUCAUCGAGGGAAUCAAUUCGACGGCGGGAAAUGCAGGCGAAGCAACAGUGAGCGUUUUGGCUCAUUUGUGGUACUUUUUCGCGAUUUCAGAGUGCCUGCUAUAGCUAGACCGACUGUCAGAUUAGUGGUGAGAGAAGUGUACAUAGUAGUUAGUAUAUAAUCAGAGCAAGCAAGUGGUGGUGUG